CUUCUGCUGUUGCUGCCCUAUUGUUUCUGCUGCUGCCCUACUUGAUUGCUGCUGAUACAACACGCCUGCUCCAACACGCACGUGUUCUCAAGCCCCGAAUCAUCAAGAUGUCAAACUCGAACAUACUCGAUUUUGUUCCAUUGGAUUAUGCAGGCAAAAGAUACCUAAUGUGGGCUCAGGAUGUUGAGCUCCACCUUAUUUCCCGUGACUUAUUGCAUACAAUCCAAGAGCUUUGUCAUAAAGGAACUGCUCCAGACCCUCAAACUGAGAUCGACAAUUCUAGGGCACUUGCCCUAAUGAUGCGUCACAUGGAUAGGGACCUCAGGUUUGAGUUCAUGAAUGAGGAUAGCGCUAUAAAGCUAUGGCAAGCGCUUCGUGAACGUUAUGGUAACGUUCGUGACUCCAUCCCUCUAAAUUUAGAAGCAGAAUGGAAUGAUCUUCGCUUCUCUGACUUUGAUACAGUCAUACAAUUUUAUUCGGAAGCUCUCCACAUCACAGGAAUGAUGCGCUUCUGUGCCAAGACGAUCAUAGAAGAACAAUUGAUUGAGAAAACCCUCAAUACCUUCCCUGUCUAUGCUAUGAGGUCCUGUGAUUUAUUUCGUACUCAUAUAAAUGCAAGACGGAUCACAAGCUUUCAACAGCUUAUUGAAGCUAUGGAAAGCUAUGGAAAUUGCUGAAAGGCAAGGCAACGAGCUUGUGAGAAGAGAAAUUGAUAGGCUUCGAGAUAGCUAUCCAGAGCAUCGUCCCAUGGCUAGACAAAGUCGCCAUAGACGUCAUGAUCCAUAUGAUCAAAAUGCUCAUGAAGGUAGUCGCCAAAGGCGACAAUCACACCACCGUAAGAGCUGUGACUUUGAGGGACGAAGGGUUAAAACUAUAGAGCCAACGUUGGCCAUGGUCAUAAUUUUCCAACGCCUCCGGUCCUAGGGACCAUGCACAUUGCGCCAAUGCGCCUCAAUCAAGGGAGAAUCCUCUUCAUGGUGUCUACUUCUGAUAUGGAACAUCUGAUCAAUGGACCUGAGUUUGCAAUGUACCUAAGAAGGUAGCCGCCUCAUGGCGAUCAUGACAUCGAGUUCAAGAAGACUUUAAAUCUGGUGAUGAAGAAAAAAAUGCCGCAGAUUUUUUAGAAUAGUCUUUUAUUUCCAAGAAUUAUGUAAUGGCAGUAAUGAAAUUUUGUAUUAACUCUUUCUCUCUAGGCUCACCUAAUUAAGUAUGAUGUCUAGGAAAGUAAUUGAGAUUAGUGGUACUUAAGAGAGCCUCGCUCCAUUGAGAUCUCUUCCUACUUUCCUGGUCAUAUUUGAUUGGAGUAACCGAACGGAUUGAGUGACUACAAUCUGUCUAAGUUUGAUUUCAUUUUGGAUUAGACUUUGGUUAAAGAAACUUUGAUGUAAUCAUUGGCUAUUAAUAAAGUGUCAAUUCUUUUACUUAAUGUCUUGGACAUACCUUAAUUCGAACUUUGUUAUUUGAAAGAUAUAAGAGCCAAUGGUUUUCAUGUGGAAACACAUUGUGAGAAUAGACAAGAGUUCUU